CUUACAUGGAUGUUGAUCGAGUUUCCUAUGUGGAUUACGCUUGCGGUUGGAACCGAAAAAUUAUGAAAUUCAUGGGGAUUUGGCCGGACGAAAGAGGAUUCGCCAAUGCGUCCAGCUACAAAGUGUUAUUCCCGAUCGGUUUCAUGUUUCUCUUUAUUACCUUACCACAAACAACUAAUCUCUACUUCAUUUGGGGUGAUUUCGAAUUGAUCGUGGAGAAUCUAUCGGUGGGAAAUAUGACUACCACAAUUGCUAUUUUGAAGACUGCAACUUUUUGGUCCAACGGGAGAUCUAUGAAAGUACUUCUGUCGCAUAUGGAAAAUGAUCGAAAAGAAGCUACAGCAGAGGAGAACGUUAGAAAGAUGACGAGAAUCGCUGAUAUCAGCAGGAGGAUAACAACUGGAAGUAUCAUUAUGUGUAACUUUGUUGCCGGUACUUACGUGACAUUUAGAACCCUUCUGUUACCAUAUACCGGACGAGUUUUGUAUUAUCGUGCUUAUUUUCCAUACGAUACCGGAAUUUUUCCUAAAUUUGAACUAACUUUGAUUGGCCAAAUUACAGCUGCAAUUUACGUAGCCAAUAGUUACACAGCCGUCGAUACUUUCAUGACCAUGUUGAUGUUACACGUGUGCGGACAAAUUUCCUGUCUGAGAAAAAAACUAUCCAAGCUGUGUUGCGAAAGUAACAAUAAUUUUAGAAUCGAUCUAGCAAGGAUUGUGGAAAAGUACGAUAUGCUUAACAGAUAUGCUGAGACAAUCGAGGAUAGAUUCAACGGCAUGCUGCUCAUCCAAAUGCUUAGCUGUACGAUACAACUCUGCGUUCAAUCGUAUCAAGCGAUUUCGGCUCUCGUGGAUGACGACGACCAAGGUCUCUUGGCAGUCCGACUAUUCUUUUUCGGUAUAUACACUACAUACGUCAUGCUUCACAUCUAUCUGUAUUGUUACGUCGGUCAGAAGCUUUUUUCUGAGGGAGCGAAAAUGGCUUAUGCUGCGUACGAUUGCAGCUGGUACAAUCUGUCACCGAGCGAAGCUAGAUGUCUUACUAUAAUAAUGUGUCGAGCACAAAUAUCGUCGCGCAUUACAGCAGGAAAAUUUUGUUCCUUCAAUCAUGAGCUUUUUGGCAAGAUUUUAAAAACAUCCAUGGGUUACUUGUCGGUGCUAUACGCGAUGAAGACCAAAGAUGACGAUUAAAACCUUCGAAAAAGCGAAUUAUCUGAAAUGAUGUUGAAUGAUUCUUUAAUUCUUUUAAAAAUUGUACUGUUUAUUUAAAUGCAACGAUGUAACACGAUCAUACGUCUUUUUGUCAAAUUUUUAUCGAUUUGUAUCCUGAAGUCCAAUAUCACGAAAUAUUUACCCCAGGUAAAACGACGCGUCGUCGAUAAAAAAAAAUGUUUUUAUAAAUCUCUCAAAUAGUGACCACGAGAGUUAAGCGAAGUUACAAGUGACAAGGGGUUUAGAAAUUCUUACCAUAGAGGGAUCUGUUUAA